AUGCCCUGCAAUGGAUAUUCUUCCAGGGCGGCUUCAAGCGCGCUGAGGAGACGGACCUAUGUGUUCCAGAAUGCGUCAAGCCUAUUGGUCCGCUCCAUGGAUUACGUAAGUCUGAAAGAUUUACAGAUGUCAAAGGCAUCAACACCACCAACAGAUUCGCGGGACUCGUCAUUGUACCGGCAAAAGAAGAUCUAG